UCAUGCGUUUUUCCUACAUUCUCCUUGCCUGUUAGUACUCGUUCUAUUUCAUUCCUUAUCCUCCAUCACUCGUCUUCGUCGCCUUCACAUACCACCUUUCUCGACCGGGUUUGCUAUGAACACAGAGCAAGACGCAAUGGAUCCCAGCAUGGUCGCCAAAGGAUCAACGAAGCCACAAACUCCACAGCAAGCAAAAUGCUGCGGAAAAUUAUUCACGUCUGCCUCUGCUGUCAUCGAACAUUGCCUCAGUGUAGAGCAUUCUCCUGUCCCCAAGGUGAAGGAUGAAACGACCGCGGAUAACCUCCCUCACCGUCCUCCCAGACAAGGACGUUCGGAACGACGUGCUAAGAAAAGGAGAAGACGAGCUGCCAGGAAGCAGAAGAAGAGUAAAGUGAAUUUGAAGUCAAACUUUGAACAUGUUACUCCCAAGAUUGGAACAGAAGCUGAGAUCGGGAGCAAGCAACUCAAUCCAUGCUCCAACAAUACCAUCUUGGCCGACACUCGGGGUAGCACAAAUGCCCGUGCCGUAUCGCCCCCAAAGCAGACUGCCAAAGGGGAAGUCAAGGUCUCCAGGAUAGCUCCAGUAGGAGAGACUGCUUGGAGUGUUUGCGGAGUCUGGCUUCCGAGACUCGCCCUCGAAGCGCAUAUACUUGCAACGACCUGCCAUACCAAGGCCCAAAAGCACGCUCAUUUUGCCGCGAAGCAAAUGAGGCUAGAACGCGCCAAAGUCUAGAUACCCAAAUUGGCUGACUGGGAAAUUCGUCGUGCACAUGCGCUCAAAACUACCGACAAGCAUUGAUACCAAAGACACAGAUGUUCCAAGUGCCGGGGUAUAACUCGAACAAGGUUGAUAUAUUCAUCACUGGGAUAAAGAAUAUGCGUAUCUGGGCUUCUGGGACAGCCGUCGAAAGGAAUCAUUGGUGGAAGCGGGAAUGCCCCCGAUGAUAUCUUAGUCUGCAUCACGCCCUUAAAUCACUGCAGCCAUAACUUAUUACUUGCGGGGACCUCAAUGGUUAAGAUAUCUGAAACUCAAACCAGUCGGGACAAUGAAUCCAAGGUGAAUCCGCAUUCGCAUCCUGUGCUCUUGGCUUCUUGCAAAGUAACCUCGUUUGGCGAUUCACUGAAGCAGAGAUCUAUGAAACGGUGACACAGCUUUCCCC